CACUGUGUUUGUGUCUUCAACUGCAUGUGAAUCUCUUCCUCUUAUAUUUAGCGGCAAAUGAUGUCCGCAAUUGUCGCCGCCGUUGUUAUUGUUGCCGUUGCCGUCGGCCGCCAACUAUUAUCUCAUUAAACCAAUUAUCACAACAUAUAUCUCUGAAGAAUCUCUGAAGAAUAUCUCUGAAGAAUAUCUCUGAAGAAUCUCUCGGAAGAAUAUCUCUGAAGAAUAUCUCUGAAGAAUCUCUCGGAAGAAUCUCUCGGAAGUAUAUCUCUGAAGAAUCUCUCUGAAGAAUCUCGUGUCUCACUCUUAUAUAUAUACCUGAAGAACAAGAAUGGCGUUUAUAUCGUUGUCGUCGUUGUUGUUGAGCAUCACCGCCAGUGACAAACACAUCCUACACUGUCUUCUCUUAUUGAUUGUGAUACUGACAUUCGAGUCGAUGUCCGGCGGCCUGAAGUUGUGGUAUACCGACAGUGACUCACCGCCAAUCGAUCCGUUCCAGGCGUACGGCUAUUGGACAGCCACUGGACUCUAUAUACUCCGGGCGUUAGCAUUGCUAUCACUACCGCAAGUGUUGUGCAACUUCUUGGGCCUCACUCUAUACAAUGCUUUCGCUUCGAAGGUCACACUAAAAGGUACGCCACUGUUGGCACCGUUUAUCUGCAUCCGGACGGUAACCCGUGGCGACUAUCCCGAUCUGAUACACAACAAUGUCAACAGGAAUCUCAAUACGUGUCUGGGAGCCGGUCUCGACAAUUUUAUCAUCGAAGUGGUUACCGAUAGGCCCAUUGGUCUGGUCAAGAGUCCACGUCUACGUGAAGUAGUAGUUCCCACUGAUUAUAAGACCAAAACUGGUGCCCUAUUUAAGGCCAGAGCUUUGCAAUACUGUCUGGAAGACGAUAACAAUAUAUUAGGUGAUAACGAUUGGGUGGUACACUUGGAUGAAGAAACUAUUAUGACUGAGAAUGCCAUUCAUGGUAUACUAAAUUUUGUGGUCAACAAUAAACAUGAAUUUGGCCAGGGAUUGAUUACGUAUGCCAAUGAGGAUGUAGUCAAUUGGUGGACUACGUUGGCCGAUAGUUUUCGUGUGGCCGAUGAUAUGGGCAAACUUCGGUUCCAGUUCUAUAUGUUUCAUCGGCCAUUGUUUAGUUGGAAAGGCUCGUAUGUGGUCACAAAACUCAGUGCCGAACGAGCCGUAUCGUUCGAUCACGGACUGGACGGUUCGGUAGCCGAAGAUUGUUAUUUUUCGAUGAUUGCCUACAAAAAUGGCUAUACAUUUGACUUUAUCGAAGGAGAAAUGUGGGAAAAAAGUCCAUUUACUUUAUUAGAUUUUCUUAAACAACGAAAACGUUGGAUGCAGGGUAUCUUUCUAGUGGUCCAUUCCCCAGCCAUACCCUUGCAAAACAAAAUAUUUCUGGCCCUAUCCCUAUACGCAUGGCUAACAAUGCCGUUGAGUACAUCCAAUCUGAUAUUUGCCAGCAUAUAUCCUCUGCCAUCGACAUCCUGGUGUAACUUUUUGUCCACAUUUGUCGGUGCCGUAUCCAUCUAUAUGUAUAUAUUUGGUGUAAUCAAAUCGUUUACAUUGACCCGUAUCGGCAUUGGCCGUUAUCUACUAUGUCUGGUCGGUGCCGUACUGACCAUCCCAUUCAAUAUAGUCAUCGAAAAUGUUGCCGUUUUGUGGGGUUUUAUCGGCAAAAAGCAUACCUUCUAUAUCGUUCAAAAACAAUAUAAACCAUCGUUUAAUGUUUGAUUUAUUGUUUGUUUUUCUAGUUUA